AGAGGGAAAGGGAGGGCUUAUGGUCAAAGGGGCUUUUCUCAGCACUAGUAUAAAACAGGAGCUCUUGCAGAGGCUCAACGUGGACAUGCUGCUCCGGCAUUGAGCCUCCAAACCUCAUCUCUUUUCUUUUCCUUUUUUCACCCCACCAUCAACUCUUCCAGUCAACCAUGGGAGUCGCUUACAGCGUUGGAGAGGUUGACCACCUCUAUACCUUCUUUGUGCAAUGGUCACCAGAUAUGUACACAAAAAGCAACAAAAAGAAGAACCAACCCCACUUUCUUCGGGAGAAACAUCAAAAUCGGUAUAUUGGCAAGAAAAACAAGGUGGCUUCAAAAAGUAAUCAACUGAGCAACCAUGCAGCCAAAAACUGGGAGAUUAUCAAUGUAAAAGAUCCAAAACGCCGUUUGAGUUUGUGCAGCUUCGACUCUGAAACAGAGGAACCUGAGUACCAUGGAAUAAUUGGGGUUGUUCAACCUGUCCUGAGUGACUGCAGUGAGCUCCUGGAUCACAGACAUCUGCUUAGUCUCGCCUGUCACAUGCCAGCAAGGACACAAGGCUACCCAUGGCAUUUGGCCUAUAGCACUGCCGUCCAUGGGAGCAGCCUGAAGACACUUUAUAGAAACAUGGCCAAAUUUGACAGUCCGGUCCUGCUGGUCAUUAAAGACAUGCAGAAAAAGGUGUUUGGAGCUUUUUCAUCAGAUCCAUUUAGAGUCAGCAAAUACUGCUAUGGCACAGGAGAAACAUUCCUAUUCAGCUUCAACCCGGACUUCCAGGCUUACAAGUGGACUGGAGAGAACUCCUACUUUGUGAGUGGGAACUUUGAGUCUCUUCAGAUUGGAGGUGGAGGGGGGGAAUUUGGCCUGUGGAUAGAUGCUGAUUUGUACCACGGUUCCAGUUUUUCAUGCCCUACCUUCCACAACGCUCCGCUCUCCACACAGAAGGACUUCCUCAUACAAGACCUUGAGGUCUGGACAGUACAAAACUGAGCAAAGACAUUUGACAUGAAAGAGAACAACUAAUUAGAGCAACAGAUGCAGGUGUUUCUACCACCACUGCUGUAUAUAGCCUUCAGCAGGUAAAUAUGUGUAAGUGGUACCGAAUGAAGCCUGUUAUACUGGCAUUUCUGAUAAUGCAACUGGGUCUGAGGUUAUUUUAACUAAAAGAUAAGGGGUUGCAUAAAAUCCUGUAAUAUGGAGCAUUGUUGCCUUAAACUCCUGCCCUACCAUCAGCAGCUUACACUAAGCUUUGAGCCUUCCAAGCCCUUUUUUUGUUUUGGAGAAUAUUACAAUUCAAAGUUCAUUAUAAACAUGUUGGAUGAAAACACUUAGUGGAAGAAAAGCACCUUUAGGAUUCAAUUACAUUUUAAAUAUGUUUUAACAGGGAUUUUGUGGUUGGAACAAGGUUAACUGGGUCUACAAUACGCACACAUAUGAGCCCAUUGAUUGUUUAGCACAUACAAUGACAAAUCCUUUAAAGGAAAUGUUGAUACAUGGUACAACUACUGUGAAGAUCAUACUGUGACUUGGAGGCAAGUUCUCGUGAGUAUUAGUACCAAUCUUCAAUCAAGAACUUCAGUUACUGGUGAUCAUUUCAAAAAGUCAAGUUAAAAAAAAAACAUCCACAGUUUCACAAAUACAGUUUACAAUCUGAGAUGUGUGCCGUUUGAAUUGUACAUGUAUUUGCACUGUUGACAGUAAGAUGUCUACCCUAUUUUUAUAGAAACAGUUUCAUAUGUUGGCAAUGUUUCACUGUACGUUUGUUGUGUUUAAAAUACUGGAAAAACAUUUCAGAUUUUACUUCUUGUUUUUUAUACAUUCUACACAGCAUUUGCAAAAAAGUAAGCAAGAGAGUGACUGAAAUUUCAUGGUAUUCUUUUUUAUAACAUUCCCUGCUGGUGCUGGCACUGCCUAUGUCUGUGUGGGACGACUAUCAACACGAUGUCUUCACUGCUGGCCAUGAAUAAAGUAGCCACAUUCACUCUUGUAA